UCAACAUGGCGCUGAUGGCGCUGAAGUGACCCUUGAAAAGGAAAGAAGACGUCGUAAGGUUUAUUGUCGCCAGAACGCACAAGUGAAUUGUGCGACUUUCUUGGUGUUUAGUUUUUUAAAGACAAUAAUGGGACGGAGAAGAAAAAUUAGCAAAACAAAGAAGUCAUCUCCAGAAAACACACCCCACAACAUGGCAGUCACAGCAACCAACAAAAUGGCACUUACAGAAGACGAUAACAUGGAACCAAAAGACUAUUUGAGUAAUCUGUCGCUGGAGUUACUCGUCAAGAUCAUGACAUAUUUGCCGCUACGAUGUUUUAUGCGUUUAGAAUCACUGAAUAGUAAAUUACAACAUGCUGUCAUGCAUAUACAGAUUAGAAAGUGGAUAGACUUCUCUGAAGGCAAAUAUUAUGCAUAUAUGCCUGAUGGCUUCAAUGAUGAAUCAUUCAAACAUCUUCUUCUCCGAUCCCCUGAUUUGCAGUAUGUUUUUGGCCUGAAUCCUUGCGAAUUGUCUCGUCGUUGGACGCGAGGCAGCGAUCGUGGAUGUAGCAUACCAGGAAUAGUAGAAGCUUUACAAGCCUGUCCUAAGUUGCUUGGUGUACAGACAUGCCAUGUACAGUUACUAGAGUCAAUUCUUGCUUAUCUUCCUCUUGUGGAAAUUCUUGGCAAGUUCUACAAUAGAAAUGGAACAUUUCCGCCAAAUCCGCAAAAACAGUUGACAAUUCCAAAGCUGGCUAAAAUCCGCAGUCUUCAUCUGACUGGUGUGACGCUUCCCGAACUACCACAGAUUGUAUGCCUUGAAGAAGUCAUUUUGGAGUGGGUGAAGCUAACGAAUCCACAACCGUUUUCCGAUUUUGGCAGCCGACGACUACAUACCUUUAUUAUGCGCAACUGUGCCGGCCCAACAAGUGCCUUGAAAUAUGUCCCUCUUGUCACUGGAUUAGCUGCUUCGCGCAGACUUAAAAGAUUGGAGUUGAUCCGGGUACCUUUCCUUGGUGGACUCUUCCAGCAUGUUGUUGAGGAUGCCUGGAAGAUUGAAGGUUUCCGGAAAUUGAGAAAGAUUGUUUUGGGUGCUUGCAAGAAUUGUUUAGAAAUUGACCUGGGUUAUCUUGUUGUCAGCUCAGCGUCGUGGUUGGAACAGCUAGCUGUGCAGCCGUCUCUUACCAAAGACAGCUUGUUCACAGCACUUAAACUAGCUGAUGUUGAUUUCCCUCAGUUUGAUAUUCUUAAUCUUGGUUAUGUCCAUCCAUUCCCAGAUUCAGAACACUUAUCCAAUGAGAAGUUGGUGCGUCAUGGUUUGGCCGAUGUUAGUGAGAAUCCUUCACUGUUAACAGAUAAUGGGAUGAAAGGCAGCCAUGUCUUCACACUAGUCAGAGUGUUAUCAGCUUAUAACUGUCCUCAUCUGCAUAAACCAUCUACCUGGAUAGAUAACGUGUAUCUUAAUUGGGCCCAUUUAGCAAGAGUACAUCUACGUAGAUGCCAUGCAAUCAAACUGGACAGCUUUUGUUCAUUUAUUGAUCAGUUAGACGACAUCAGGGAUCUUGUUUUGGAGCAUAUGUUUAGAGAACCUCCCAAAGGGUGUGCCAGAGUAGGACUGAGUGCUGGCACUGGUAUCGGUGUGUCAUCAGCUUUGGUGACUAAUAACAGUGGCAACAAUGAUAACGAUGAUAAUGCAGAUGAUAACCAACAACAAGUACAGGAUGGAGCACCACCCGUGCAAGCAGAAGAACCAGGAAAAGCAGAUGAACAGAAAAAGCCUGGUGAAUCUGAUGAUAAACAACAGGAAAGUAAACCUGAUGCUGCUCCCUCAACUUCAUCAGCAGCAGACAACAGCCAAGCCGGAUCAAGCCAAGCACCGGAGAGUAGUGUGAAUACUGAACAUGAGUCAGUCGACAUGGAAGUUGAUGACACAAAUGAUAAAAAUGGAAUUCAGAUCCCUGAAAAUACAAGCAACCAAUCUUGCCAGGCUGUUAGUCAGCAGAUUGAAGAGGAGACGAAUGCUGCUAAAAAAGCUGCUCGAGAAGCCAGGGAUAGAGACAUAAUCAGAGACGUGGUGGUGGAAGAACCAAAAAGUGAGAAGGAUGGAGAUAAAGACGUUGACAUGGAGCAAAAAAGUGAGAAAGAUGGAGAUAAAGAGGUUGCCAUGGAGCAGAGUGAUGAGGCGACAAUUAAUAAUUGGGAAGAGACACCACAAGUUUCGGAUUCUACCAAGGACAAUGACCAAGAAGACAAGACUUGUAUGAAUGUUGUUGCAAGUGAGGGGGUGUCAAAUGAAGCAGGUAGCGGUGGUAGUACUGAAGAAAAAGACAACAUUUCCCCUUCUAGUUCGAUAGAUUCAAAGGGAGGGAGCACAUCAGGAAAGAGAACAAGCAGUCAGAGGUCAUCAACAAGUAGCCCAGCAGAAAAACAAUUGGAGGAAAGUCUUGAUCCAUCCACGGGUGAAAGUAAAACCAAAGAAAGGGAGACUCCUGUAAGGAGAGUAACAAGACAGAUGACACGGCGGAAUAGCCAGGGUGAGACAACUCAAGCUUUAGAUGUAUCCGGUGUGCCUGAACCGCUUAGUAAUGGCAAGGCUAAAAGUAAAUCUGACAAAGAAUUAAGCCCUGCUAAACAUAUUAAACCCAAACCAGUUAUGUGUGAUCGAGCAACAAGUACCAGUGACCCCGUGAUGGAAGAUGACCCUGUGCAGACGAUGACAUUAUCUAAUGAUAAUCUGGAGUACAUAAAUAUGUUUUGGUGUGGUAUCUCUCAUCUGGAUUUGAAGGGAUGUAAAAAACUUAAUGCUCUCAAUGCUACUGCAUGUAGGAUAUUGAAAUCUGUGAAGCUGGAUGGUUUGCUAGACUUGAGAGCUGUCAAGUUCACUCAGUGUUAUAAGUUACGGAAUGACGAAAUAUUACGAGAAGUUUUGAAAAUUCCUGCAAAGUAUAAUAAAUUUGUCCAUCUUCGACCAAUGUAUCAGUUCAACAUCACAUCUUUGGAGCGUAUGUUAUUUUCUAAUUUAAUCCCCCAUAAUUACCAUGUGAUGUUAGCAUUGGACUACACCAACCCGCCACGUGCAGAGAAUGCCACGUUCAUGAGGAACUGGUCGCAAGCUUUGAAUGACUUAACUUUUGAUAUGAUUGACACAUUUGAAAUGCCGAGUGCCAGCGAUAUGGAGAGACCUACUAAAUAUCCCUGGGGUAGAAACAUACGUAGGCAUACAUUAAAUUUUGAGAAGACUGGUUGCCAGAUGGACAUAAUCUCUGAUGUCCCUUGGUUACAUGAAGUACUGAAUGUAAAAGAUAUGCCAUUCUUGGAUCCAUUUUGUGAAGAAGCGGUGCGUUACAUGAACAACAUGGCAUACAACAUAGAUCGUAAUCUGGAUGUUAUGUAUGCACACAUACUGGAAAUGAUGGAGUGUAAAUUUACACAUUUUAAGAACUCAGUGGUGGUCUAUAUACAGAUGUGUGAUAUUGACGGCAUCCCAGCUGAUGACCCAUAUGCAUAAUUGUCGGCAGCUGUUGGUCCUUAUGAACAUUUCGAACUGUUACGACUCUAAUCAAGACAGU